UCUCCCGGGACAACUAUCACAACUACUAAGGCUUUCUCUCCCUAAGCACCUCUUCUAGUGAUGUUUCUCUCUAGUCUGCAGAGGUGAGGAUGUCCGAUCUGCCGUACAGUCGAUCUCCAGGUCAGCGGUGGGUGUGGGUCCACGUGGAGGCGCCCACGUCAGACGUCCCACUUCACACUACAGGCGACACUGGCCUGUCAAGGAGCACAGCUAAGAGUGUGUGUUUUUCUUCAUCUUUGCCGUAUGGAUGUAACGCGAAGGCUACUGGGCAUCGCCUGGAUAACCUCUUCAACUGGACCAUGACGUACCACCCAGCCUCGAACAUCAUGGAACCCUACGGCGCCCUCGUUCCCAGAGAAAAUGCCACGCUGUCUCGAGAUGGCCUUUCGACCUCUGCCAAGACACGCAGAGGAUUUUUGUUGAUGUCCCUGAGGCCUGCUUUGCUCGACGCGGAGAGCCCUAUCUACGAGGCUUAUAUGGACGCCCUCCAUGGCAGCGACGCCUUUGAGGAUAUCAUGGGCCCGUCAUGGGUUCCCUACGUGGACUGGACCACAGAAGACGCGGAGAAGGACUGGUCUGAGUUCCUGUUGCGACCGAAGUUGGUAGCAUGGAUGUCGUCCCACUGCCAGACUCGUUCACGCAGGGAGGAAUACGUGAGGCAGCUGCAAGAACAUGUGUACGUUCAUGUCUACGGUGCCUGCGGUACUCUCAGCUGCGGCCGGCGAGAGUCCCACCGGAAGGACCGCUGCUGGCAAGACGUCCUGGCCCGGAAGUUCCUGUUCUACCUCGCCUUCGAGAACUCCGUCUGCGACGCCUACGUGACGGAGAAGCUGUGGAAGCCGCUCGUGCACGGCCUGGUGCCCGUGGUGCUCGGGGGCGCCAACUACUCCCACUUCCUGCCGCCCAACUCCUACAUCAACGCCCGCGAGUACCAGCCGCGGGAACUGGCACUCCUCCUGCGGCAGCUCCAGGCCUCCCCUCGAGACUACGCAAGGUUCCACCUCUGGCGCGCCUUCUGGAGGGCCACCCUGAGGCCGCCCCUGUGCGAGCUCUGCCUCAAGAUCCACAAUGACGACGAGGUAUCCACCCUGAGGAACAUCCCCGACUGGUGGCGAGACGUGGGGCGGUGCCACAACCCUGCGGUGCCAACCACGCUCUUGUGAUCUGCUCAACUCUGUUCUUCCGUCCUUCCUGUUUUCCCUUCAUGUGUAAGACACUGAUCGACAGAAUUCCACUUGCCAUCGAUUCUUUUUUCCGUGUAAGAGAAUGAGGAAGUGCGAAUCUGUGAGCCGGAAAUGGCAAGCUCAAGCAAACCCAGGACCCAGCAUUAAAAGGCUAAGUAAACUAACUGUAACAAGUUUGGAGAUGUUUAGAAGGAAGCUGGUGAAGAUUUCAGUUAAUGGGUACCGCUAGGAACUACGAGAAAGAAUGGCGAAUAUUGUUUUUUUAUCACUGUUUCACACGCAUUUUGAGAGGGAAAAACAAAAGAAAUGUACAGGAUGCACUUGUGCUUUUACCUUUUUGUGUGCCUUGUUUUUACGUGUUGGUCAUAUAGUACCGUCAGUAUAUAGUAUAUUUCAAUUGUUCAGUGUUGUAAAUGAAAGCUACAGAUUUGCCAAUAUAUAAUUUUGGAUGUAGUAUGUAUGAACAAUUAACCUAUUCAAUGCAUAUUUACAUGUAUAAAAUGUACUGAUGUAUAAAACCCACAAUCAUAUAUAUCACAGAGAAUAACGAUAAAUUAUUCAUAACGCAUAUGCAUAACAAGUGAUUACAUAACCAGAUACAAGAAAACAGUAAAGUUACAUUAACAUACAUGCAGAACCAAGUUUUAUAUUACUAAUAUCGUUUGCUUUCUUUUAACAUUUCAGCUUCUAC